AUGGCAUUUUCAAGACGUUUGAGCGGCAAGUUCCUCCUCGGCAUCCUUUACGUCGCUGUCUUCCUCGUCGCCUCGCAGCGCUUGGCGGAAUGUGUCGCUGGUCGAGUGAGUUCCGAUGGAUCGUGCGCCUCCUUUCCAGAUACCUCCAACAUACUGGCCGUCGUCAAGACUGGCGCCAGCGAGUCCUACGCCAGAAUCCCCACCCAGAUAUUCACGGUGCUCGGAUGCCUCCAGGACUUCCUCAUCUUCUCCGACAUGGAGCAGAGCCUAGCCGGAUAUCAUGUCCGCGACAGCUUAGACACCGUGCUCGAUGAGGCAAAGGACGGGAAUCCAGAAUUUGAUAUAUAUCGUCGACAAAAGAGCUGUGUUGUUGAUCAGCAGAGUUGCAGCAAGUUUGUUAGUUCUGGAAAGGGGAGGUCCAACGAGGGUUGGGAGUUGGAUAAAUAUAAGAACAUUCACAUUGUCGAGAAAGUUUAUCAGCUGCGCCCUGACUAUGAUUGGUACUUGUUCAUCGACGCUGACACAUAUGUCCUGUGGCAUAACCUCGUUGAAUGGCUGAAAAUGCUGGAGGAUCCUACCAACAAAAAGCACUAUAUCGGCAGUGAGGCUCUCUACAGAGAUUUCCCCUUCGCUCAUGGGGGAAGUGGAUACCUCCUAUCGCAGGCAACGAUACAGGAUUUUGCCGGAAACCACUCCGGCAUUGCCAACCAGUAUGAUACGAAAGCCAAGGGUGUUUGUUGCGGUGACUACCUCUUAAGCCUUGCUUUGAACGAAACGAUUGGUGUCGGAGUUUCUGAUGCUCGGCCCACCAUUAACGGCGAGAAGCCCUACACCAUCCCAUACGGGCCGGGCGAGUGGUGCCACCCCCUCGAGUUCGAGAAGCAUUUCUACGCGUCCACGGAUGUGUCUCGGCGGCCCGUGCUACGAUUCCUAGACAUCUACCACGAAUUCGUUGCGCCGAAACUGGCACCGCGACGGGACGACUGGGAUAACCUGAGCCAAGACGUGCUCUACCUCGACCCAGCCAAGAAGCAGCAGCAGCACUACCCGUCGUGGCAAGAGGCCAGGGCCAAGAAGACGAACAACAACAUCCAAGUAUCUGCCGUCGAAAAGAACGCCCACCGUUCGUUCGAGGACUGUGCUCGCUUAUGCGACGCUACUAAUGAUUGCUUCCAGUUCUCGUACCACGACGGGGCGUGUGCGUACCACAGAUCCUUCAGGCUCGGCAAACCGGCUAAAAAGUCGGAUAGGGGCGAGCAGCAGUGGACGAGUGGGUGGAACGUCGAGCGCAUCCGCGCUUGGAUUGGGGAGCAGAAGCCUUGUGGGGAGCCGGCUUGGCCAUUGGCGAAGUCAGCGUAG